GUUUGCCGCCGGCCUGGGCACUAAGGCCUUUGGAGGGUGCGCGCGUCAGCUGGCCGGGAAGCCGGCGAGCUGCCGGGACAGGAUAGUGGGCCGAGCCCUAGGCCUCGGCUGUCCUUCCCGAAAAGAAAAGAAGGAGCCGCUCGCCAGUCCCCGCAGCCUGUGGAGGCCGGUGAGGGAGACGCCGAGGAGCAUCGAGGCUCUGUGGGCGCCGCCGCCUUGGCCGCCAUGAUGGAGCGGAAGUGAACUUCGGGCGCAGGCUGCCGGCGACAGCGCUUCGGUCUAGCUGCCCGGGGUGCACGGCGCUGCGGAGCCCGGACCUUCCGGUCCUCGCGACCCCUGCCUCUUGGCUCCCCUCGCUUACCCCAAGACUGAGCGGCUUGAAGAGGCGCCCGGCCUGCGGUCCCGGCUUCCAGAAAGAUGGCGGACCCGGCGGAGUGCAACAUCAAAGUGAUGUGUCGCUUCAGACCUCUCAACGAAUCUGAAGUGAACCGCGGCGAUAAGUACGUCGCCAAAUUCCAGGGAGAAGACACGGUGAUGAUCGCGUCCAAGCCUUAUGCCUUUGAUCGUGUGUUCCAGUCAAGCACAUCUCAAGAGCAAGUAUACAACGACUGUGCAAAAAAGAUUGUUAAAGAUGUUCUUGAGGGCUAUAAUGGAACAAUAUUUGCAUAUGGACAAACAUCAUCUGGGAAGACCCACACGAUGGAGGGUAAACUUCAUGAUCCAGAAGGCAUGGGAAUUAUUCCAAGAAUAGUGCAAGAUAUUUUUAAUUAUAUUUACUCCAUGGAUGAAAAUUUGGAAUUUCAUAUUAAGGUUUCAUAUUUUGAAAUAUAUUUGGAUAAGAUAAGGGACUUGUUAGAUGUUUCAAAGACUAACCUUUCAGUCCAUGAAGACAAAAACCGUGUUCCCUAUGUAAAGGGGUGCACAGAACGUUUCGUGUGUAGUCCAGAUGAAGUCAUGGAUACCAUAGAUGAAGGGAAAUCCAACAGACAUGUCGCAGUUACAAAUAUGAAUGAACAUAGCUCUAGGAGUCACAGCAUAUUUCUUAUUAAUGUAAAACAAGAGAAUACACAAACGGAACAGAAACUCAGUGGAAAGCUUUAUCUGGUUGAUUUAGCUGGCAGUGAGAAGGUUAGUAAGACUGGGGCUGAAGGUGCUGUGCUGGAUGAAGCUAAGAACAUCAACAAGUCACUUUCUGCACUUGGAAAUGUCAUUUCUGCUUUGGCAGAGGGCAGUACCUAUGUUCCUUAUCGAGAUAGUAAAAUGACCAGAAUUCUUCAAGAUUCAUUAGGUGGCAACUGUAGGACCACUAUUGUCAUAUGCUGCUCUCCAUCAUCAUACAAUGAGUCUGAGACAAAGUCAACACUCCUCUUUGGUCAAAGGGCCAAAACAAUUAAGAACACAGUCUGUGUCAAUGUAGAGUUAACUGCGGAGCAGUGGAAAAAGAAGUAUGAAAAAGAAAAGGAAAAAAAUAAAACUCUACGGAACACUAUUCAGUGGCUGGAAAACGAGCUAAACCGUUGGCGUAACGGGGAGACAGUGCCUAUUGAUGAGCAGUUUGACAAAGAGAAAGCUAAUUUGGAAGCCUUCACAGCGGAUAAAGAUAUUGCUAUUACCAGUGAUAAACCAGCUGCUGCAGUCGGAAUGGCUGGUAGUUUUACCGAUGCUGAAAGAAGAAAGUGUGAAGAAGAACUUGCUAAAUUGUAUAAACAACUUGAUGACAAGGAUGAAGAGAUUAACCAACAAAGCCAAUUGGUAGAGAAAUUGAAGACACAAAUGCUGGAUCAGGAAGAGCUUCUGGCAUCAACCAGAAGGGAUCAAGAUAAUAUGCAAGCUGAACUGAAUCGCCUCCAAGCAGAAAAUGAUGCUUCUAAAGAAGAAGUCAAAGAAGUUUUACAGGCCUUAGAGGAACUGGCUGUUAAUUAUGAUCAGAAGUCUCAGGAAGUUGAAGACAAAACAAAGGAAUAUGAAUUGCUUAGUGAUGAAUUGAAUCAAAAAUCUGCAACUUUAGCAAGUAUUGAUGCUGAGCUUCAGAAGCUGAAGGAAAUGACCAACCACCAGAAGAAACGAGCAGCUGAAAUGAUGGCAUCAUUAUUAAAAGACCUUGCAGAAAUAGGAAUUGCUGUGGGGAAUAACGAUGUGAAGCAACCAGAAGGAACUGGUAUGAUAGAUGAAGAGUUUACUGUUGCAAGACUCUACAUUAGCAAAAUGAAAUCAGAAGUAAAGACCAUGGUGAAACGCUGCAAACAGCUAGAAAGCACACAGACUGAGAGCAACAAAAAAAUGGAAGAAAAUGAGAAAGAGUUAGCAGCAUGCCAGCUUCGGAUCUCCCAACAUGAAGCCAAAAUCAAGUCACUGACUGAGUACCUUCAGAAUGUAGAACAAAAGAAGAGGCAGCUGGAGGAGUCUGUUGAUUCCCUUGGUGAGGAGCUAGUCCAACUCCGAGCACAAGAGAAAGUCCAUGAAAUGGAAAAAGAGCACUUGAACAAGGUUCAGACUGCAAAUGAAGUCAAGCAAGCUGUUGAGCAGCAGAUCCAGAGUCACAGAGAAACCCACCAAAAACAAAUCAGUAGUUUGCGAGAUGAAGUGGAGGCAAAGGAAAAGCUAAUCACUGACCUCCAAGACCAAAACCAGAAGAUGGUGUUGGAGCAGGAACGGCUAAGGGUGGAGCAUGAGAGGCUGAAGGCUACAGACCAAGAGAAGAGCAGGAAGCUGCACGAGCUCACGGUUAUGCAAGACAGACGAGAACAAGCAAGACAAGACUUGAAGGGUUUGGAGGAGACCGUGGCAAAAGAACUUCAGACUUUACACAACCUGCGUAAGCUCUUUGUUCAGGACUUGGCUACCAGGGUGAAAAAGAGCGCCGAGGUCGACUCUGACGACACUGGCGGCAGUGCUGCACAGAAGCAGAAAAUCUCCUUCCUUGAAAACAACCUUGAACAGCUCACCAAAGUGCACAAGCAGUUGGUACGCGAUAAUGCAGAUCUUCGCUGUGAGCUUCCUAAGUUAGAGAAACGGCUUAGAGCUACUGCAGAAAGAGUGAAAGCUUUGGAGUCAGCCCUGAAAGAAGCCAAAGAAAAUGCAUCUCGAGACCGUAAACGCUAUCAGCAAGAAGUAGACCGGAUAAAGGAAGCAGUCAGGUCAAAGAACAUGGCCAGAAGGGGACAUUCUGCCCAGAUUGCAAAGCCGAUCCGUCCUGGACAGCAUCCAGCGGCCUCGCCAACUCACCCGGGCACAGUUCGUGGAGGAGGCUCAUUUGUUCAGAACAACCAGCCAGUGGGGCUUCGUGGUGGUGGAGGCAAGCAGUCGUAAACACUUGACACAUUGCAGGUGUUGAAAAGUAAUUGAAGUUUGAAGAGGACAUAAAAUCAGUCUUUCACUAACUAACCUCUAUUCCUUGGGAUUGUAGAAAUUUAAUUUUUUAAUGUGUAAAUUACUCCUACCCUGUACAGCUGUUUCCUACCCACUCUUGUAAACUCUGCUGCUUCCCAACACUAGAGUGCAAUGUUGAUGUCCUAGAAGGGAAACGACAGUUUACAACUGCGGCCCUGUUUGUUACACGGUGUGUCCUUCGUGUCUUCACUGUGCUGAGUAACUGUGUUGAGGGACUCUGCUCCUUGAUUUGCCUUUCUGUGAGUGUGUAAUCUUGGUUUACAUUACAUAGCUGCUAUUGCUUUUCAUUUUCCCUUUUCUACUAAAAUGUCUUUUUUUUUUAAAGGAAAUAUGGAACAUUUAGAUUAAAUGUCUUAAAUUUUACUACUUAUAACACUACUUGCCACAAAAUAUAUCAGGUCAGUCAGUACUGUAUUUUAAAAAUCCCUCAAGCAAGGUAUGGUGGCACGCAUCUCUACUCCCAGGCAGAGGCAGAUGGAUGGCUGUCAGCUUGAGUUCAGCCUGCUUUCCAGGACAGCCAGGGCUAUAUAGGGAGACCCUGUCUCAAAAAUAAAUCAAAAAAUAAAAAAUUAACUUAAAAAUAAAUUUAAAAAUCCCUUGAUAUGUUGCUGGUAUAGUCUCUGAAGCUUGCCUCUGAAAACGUUGAGCUUUGAGACCAGGAGUUCGAGACUGAACAGGCUCUUUCUAUUAUAUCAUUAGCUCAUGAGAUGCCUUUUGAAUACAAAUAUCUUACAUAUCAAAAAUGGAUCUCAUGUUAAAUGGAUUUGGAAGUACUAUACCCCUUCUUUCUACUUCUGCACUUAAACAUAGCUUAAUGUGCUCUGCUUUGUUCUGUUAUAUCUUCCUGCUAAAGUAAGAAUUGAGCAGAGCUAAUGUCAUCUUUAAUAUUAGGAAAUAAGUGGACUAAGACAUUAUAGAAUUAAAUAAUUUUCAAAUGUUAAAUAAUUGUAUUGACUGAUAAAUUUAUAGCCUCUGAAAAAUGAGAAAAAAAUUGUGAACAGGACAGAUGAAGUAUAAAUUUAAAACUACAUGGUUAAUUUUGCUCUGAAAUCCUAUAGGUGGUUUUCACCUGUUAUACUAAAUCAUACACUAUAAUUUGUUUAGUUAGAAAUAGUAAACUGUUUGCAAGUCACUAGUAAUUCUCAAAAAAAUAUUGUUGGCCAUAGUGAAUAAUUUUUAAAUUAGAACUAAGUGUGUACCUAUUUUUGGCACUUAUUUUUCAAAUAAUUAAGCUCAAUCAAGUAUAUUUUAAGGAUCUAUAAAAGUGACAGGAAGACCGGGUGUGGUGGCGCACACCUUUAAUCCCAGCACUUGGGAGGCAGAGGCAGGCGGAUUUCUGAGUUCGAGGCCAGCCUGGUCUACAAAGUGAGUUCCAAGACAGCCAGGGCUACACAGAGAAACCUUGUCUCGAAAAACCAAAAAAAAAAAAAAAAAGUGACAGGAAGGGUCUCAGCACCUGCAUCCUCAGUGCUUGGGGCAGCUGUAGCCGGAAGCAAAGACCCACAGGAAAUGCAGUGUCUGGGGAUCUUUGAUAAGUAGACAAGCUUUUGAAGUUCUGGGUUAGAAUCUGGCUGGCAGAAUCUUUGGAAAAGUUUUAUAUACAGAUAUUUGUAUUAUUAAAUUUGGAGCCAUAGUCAGAAGACUCAGAUCAUAAUUGGCUUAUUUUUCUAUUUCCUUAACUAUUGUAAUUUCCACUUUUAUAAUAAUUUUGAUUUGAAAAAUAAAUUUAUUUAUUUUUUUAACAGUCAAAAUCUUUGCUGUUGUAGUCUGCAGCCUUUAAUGAUUGUGUUGCUUUUAUGAUUGAAAGAAGCACUCCACAAAUUGAAGAGAGCGUGAUGCAGCGAGGUGUAAGUCGUGGUUAGUGACGUGUAUGGCUCCUGUGCUCAUCGCUGUCUCUGCGAGGCAUCUGGCUGCAUCUAAAGGACAUUCGUUCCAAAUGAAAAUUUGCUUUUCUGGCAGUUUUCAUAAUGGAAAAAAAAUUCUCCUUUGUCUGAGUAUAGAAGUUUUAAGAUGUAUCAUGGGUAUCGGUGCUUGUAUAACACACAAUGAAUUGUAACUAGCAUGUUGUUAAGAAAACACAUUGUUAGUUUUUUUUAAUCUUAAAUGUUUCUUUUCUAUUUAUAAUUUCAACCUUUCAUAAAGUAUACUAAGAAUUUCACAAAUUUCUUUUCAGUGAACUGAACUCUUUUUUGCAAUGAUAGGCCAUUAAAUAUAGCAUUCACACAAAAUGGACAUUUUUAAUCACCUAGAAUAUUGAAAAUAUUUUAAUUUGCAGUGUCUUUUUUUGUGACUGGAUAUAUUAAUGUUCCUCUGAGUAGUAUUGAUAAUUGGUUCAGAAGAGAAACUCAAUGAAAUAAGAAUAGUAUUUAUUCAUGGUGAUCAAUUAAAUUAUUUGCCUAAUUUAAGGAAACUAAAUACUAUGCAUAACUGAAUUUAUUUGCAAUUCUCAGUUUGAUUUGAGGUAACAGAGGAGAGUCUAGGUCUACCUGUGGAAUAUGUUGUUUUAUUUUCAGUGUUUAGGGUUACAUUUAAACAUAGUUGGUUUGGGAAAAUGACAUAUAAUUUUAAGUUAACCUGCAUGCUGUAAAUGUGUUUAAAUAAAGGAAAAUCUUUUUUGAAAUGUAAUGACACAUUUGAACC